UUUUUGCAGCUUACAUGUUGGUAAUGUCUAAAAAAGUUUUAAUCACUGGAGCAUCAGGAUUAUUAGGCCGAGCUGUAUACAAGGAAUUUGUGAAUGAAGGAUCAUGGGACGUUUUGGGCCUGGCGUUCAGUAGAUGUACAGGAAAAUUAAGGAAAUGUGACAUAACUAAAGAUGAUGAAGUGAAAACUGUGAUGAAAGAGUUUAAUCCAUCAGUAGUUAUACAUUCUGCUGCUGAGAGGAAGCCAGAUGCUGUUGAACAGAAACCAGAAGCAACACAAGAGCUGAAUGUAUCAGCAACCAAAGUAGUCUGUCAGAAUGCAGCUGCUGUUGGUGCUUGGGUAUUAUAUAUCAGUACAGAUUACGUGUUUGAAGGAUCAUCACCUCCAUAUGCCGAGGAUGCUACCCCAAAUCCACUUAACAAAUAUGGACAAAGUAAAUUUGAAGGUGAAAAGGUCACAAUGGAGGUUAGUCAAGAUAAUUCAAUAUUAAGAGUGCCAAUUCUGUAUGGAGACAUUGAGUACUUGGAUGAGAGUGCUGUAUCUACACUAUUUCAGAAGGUCACAGACUCAUCUAAACCGUGUCCUAUGUCAGAUUAUGAACGACGUUUUCCAACUCAUUGUGAUGACAUAGCAUAUGUGAUAAGACAGUUAGCAGAGAGAAGGAUCACAGAUAAAAGUAUAAAAGGGACAUAUCAUUGGAGUGGUGAUGAAAAUAUGACUAAAUAUGACAUGGCUUUAGUAAUGGCGGAAGUUUUCAGUCUUCCUUCAGAUCAUAUUCAACCAGACAAAAAGCCUUCACCUGGAGCCUCUAGACCAUUUAAUUCUCAGCUUAGUUGUCAGAGACUGAAAGACCUAGGAAUAGCAAAAAAUAACCAGUUUAAAAGCAAGAUUCAUGAUGUAUUGAAGCCAUAUUACAAGACAUGAUUUACUUUUAUUUUGAUACUAUAAGUUCAGAAAUUAUUGAGAGGUUUUUAUGUAUGCGAAUAAUGCGACUGGGUGAGUAUCUCAACAAUAUAUAUAUAAGAAAUGGCAUUAUGAUAUCUGAUGCCGAUUUUUCUGAAAUCGCAAUAAUUAAUCUUGCAUUUUUUGUCAAAAUUGCAAUAAUAAAUGCACGCAAUAAUUUCUGAAUUUACUGGAAGUUAAAUCUAAUCUGCAUCACUAUUACCUUAAUUUUUAAGGCAAAGUUUACAUAUAUUAGGUUAAAAUUUCAGACAUUACAACUGGUGAAGUAUAAGUAGACUGUCCACUGUAGAUUGGUCAUUGAUACAAAAUUCAUAUCAGUCUUAAACUAAGAUAUUGAAUUAUAUUUAAACCAACUUAAUUUUGCUGUUUUUUGGCCCUUUUCAGUUGACUUCACAACAAUUUAUGUUCAGAAAAUGUUUACUUUGAUACAUGUAAAAGAGAAAAUCCUUGUUUAAAAUUUUUUUCACAAUAUUUAUAAACAUUAUUUUUAUCGAGCCUGCGACUUGUUGCAGAAAGCUCAACAUAGGAAUAGUGAUCUGGCGGCGGUGGCGUUAGCUAACUUCUUAAAAGCUUUAUAUUUUAGAAGCUAGAAGACCUGGAUGCUUCAUACUUUGUAUAUAGAUGCCUUAUGUUAUAAAGUUUCCGUCUGUCAUAUGUCCAUUGUCCGUGACCUCAUUUUCAUGGUUCAGUAACUACUUGAAAAAAAAGUCAACUUUUUUUGUAAUGUUAAUUUCUUUCUUAUUAUGAGUCAUAGGAUAACUAUAUUUAGUAUGUGCGUACCUUGCAAGGUCCUCAUGCCCGUCAGACAAUUUUCAUUUGACCUCGACCUCAUUUCAUGGAUCGGUGAACAAGGUUAAGUUUUCGUGGUCAAGUCCAUAUAUCAGAUACUAUAAGCAGUAGGUCUACUAUAUUUGGUAUAUGGAAUGAUUGUCAGGUGUACAUGUCCAACUGGUAGGUGUCAUCUGACCUUGACCUUAUUUUCAUGGUUCAGUGGUCAAAGUUAAGUUUUUGAGUUUUGGUCUUUUUUUCUAAUACUAUAUGCAUUAGGUCAACUAUAUUUGGUGUAUGGAAAUAUUUUAUGAUGUACAUGUCAGUCUUGUAGGUUUUAUUUGACCUUGAUCUCAUUUUCAUGAUUCAUUUCUCAGUGUUCAGUUUUUGUCGAGCCUGCGACUUUUGUCGCAGAAAGCUCGACAUAGGGAUAGCGAUCCGGCGGCGGCGGCGGCGGCGUUAGCUAACUUCUUAAAAGCUUUAUAUUUUAGAAGAUGGAAGACCUGGAUGCUUCAUACUUUGUAUAUGGAUGCCUCAUAUUACGAAGUUUCCGUCAGUCACAUGUCCAAUGUCCUUGACCUCAUUUUCAUGGUUCAGUGACUACUUGAAAAAAAAGUUCAGAUUUUUUGUAAUGUUAAAUUCUCUCUUAUUAUAAGUAAUAGGAUAACUAUAUUUGGUAUGUGCGUACCUUGCAAGGUCCUCAUGCCCGUCAGACAGUUUUCACUUGACCUCGACCUCAUUUCAUGGAUCAGUGAACAAGGUUAAGUUUUCGUGGUCAAGUCCAUAUCUCAGAUACUAUAAGCAAUAGGUCUAGUAUAUUCGGUGUAUGGAAGGACUGUAAGGUGUACAUGUCCAACUGGCAGGUGUCAUCUGACCUUGACCUCAUUUUCAUGGUUCAGUGGUUAUAGUUAAGUUUUUGUGUUUUGGUCUGUUUUUCUUAUACUGUAUGCAAUAGGUCUACUAUAUUUGGUGUAUGGAAUGAUUGUAAGAUGUACAUGUCUAGCUGGCAGGUGUCAUCUAACCUUGACCUCAUUUUCAUGGUUCAGUGGUCAAAGUUAAGUUUUUGAGUUUUGGUCUUUCUUUCUAAUACUGCAUGCAAUAGGUCAGCUAUAUUUGGUGUAUGGAAUGAUUGUAAGGUGUACAUGUCUAGCUGGCAGGUGUCAUCUUACCUUGACCUCAUUUUCAUGGUUCAGUGGUCAAAGUUAAGUUUUUGAGUUUUGGUCUUUUUUUCUAAUACUAUAUGCAAUAGUUCAACUAUAUUUGGUGUAUGGAAAUAUUUUAUGAUCUAUAUGUCAGUCACGCAGGUUUUAUUUGACCAUGACCUCAUUUUCAAGGUUCAUUGCUCAGUGUUAAGUUUUUGUGUUUUCGUCUGUUUUUCUUAAACUAUAAGCAAUAGGUCAACUAUAUUUGUUGUAUGGAAGAAUUGUUAGCUGUACAUGCCUGCCUAGCAUGGUUCAUCUGACCUUGACCUCAUUUUCAUGGUUCAUUGGUCAAUGUUUAGUUUACUUGGUUAAUGUUAAGUUUAUGUGACAGUUGUAAUAAAGCUUUAUAUUUAGGACUAUCAACAUAAUAUCAAUGAUUAGUAAAGAAGGCGAGACAUUUCAGCGUGUGCACUCUUGUUGUGUUUUGGUCUUUUUUUUCUUCAACUAGAAGCAAUAGACCAACUAUAUUUGUUGUAUGGAAGGAUUGUAAGGUGUAUAUGUCUGUCUGGCAAGUAUCAUCUGACCUUGACCUCAUUUUCAUGGUUCAUUGGUUAAUGUUUAGUUUUCAUGGUUAAGUUUGUUUCUUAGAUACUAUAAGCAAUAGGUCAACUAUAUUUAAGGCAUACAUUGAUUGUAAAGUGUACAUGUCUGUCUGGCAAGGUUCAUCUGACCUUGACCUCAUUUUCAUGGUUCAUUGGUCAAUGUUAAGUUUUCUUGGUUAAGACUGUUUCUUAGAAACUAUAAGCAAUAGGUCAACUAUGUUUGGUUUAUAGAAUGAUUGUAAGGUGUACUUGUAUUUCUCGUUUGGUUUAUCUGACCUUGACCUCAUUUUCUUGGAUCAUGUUAAGUUUAUGUGUUACUUGUAGUAAAGCUUUAUAUUUAGGACUAUCAACAUAAAAUCAAUGUUUAGUAAAGAAGGCGAGACAUUUCAGCAUGUGCACUCUUGUUAUAUUUAGGGAAGUUUGAAAAACAAAUUCAUCAAUUAAUUUAUAGUUGUUCACAGUAACCUACUUGUUGAAAGAAGAGUAAUGGAAAUGCUAGAAGAAAUGAUGAAGCAUUUAAAGAUCAAUCAAUGUGAAUGUCAAAAGGAAUGGUUUUUUUUUUAAUUGUAUAAUAUGAUUUUAAUUCUACUUUUUAAUUUGACUUGUUUCAAGAAUAUUUGUUUUUAUAUUAUCUGGUUUUUUUUGCCCUUUUUGCCACUGAUUAUUACAAAAUUAAGAUAUUGGUAAUUUGGGAUUCAGUAUGUUUGUUGCUUUAUUGUUUGUUAAUAGCAUUUUUCUUUAAUCUUAAGUAGAAAUAAAAAUGGUCAUGAUGGUAUCGACCAGUUGUUUUUUAAUGGGGGUAAAAUUCUGUAAUAUAUAUUACUUUUAGUAUCUAGUUUAUAAAUUGUAUCCGAAGUUUUGAUCCAUCGACAAACAUGGCCGCCAUGGCUAAAAAUAGAACAUAGGUGUCAAAUGCAGUUUUUGGCUUAUAUCUCAAAAACUAAAGCUUUUAGAGCAAAUGUGACAGUGGUAAAAUUGUUUAAUUUGUCAAAAUCUAUCGGCCCUGAAAUUUUCAGACGAAUCGAACAACCCAUUGUUGGGUUGCUGCCACCGAAUUGGUAGUUUUAACAAAAUUUUGCAGUUUUUUGUUAUUAUUUUGAAUAUUAUUAUAGAUAUAUAUAAACUGUAAGCAGCAAUAAUGUUCAGCAAAGUAAGAUCUACAAAAAAGAUAAUAUGACCAAAAUUGUCAAUUGACCCCUUAAGGAGUUUUGCCCUUUAAAGACAAUUUUACACAAUUUGCUCAUCAAGUUUGCUAACAUUUAAAAAUCUUCUCCUCUGAAAUACAGGUGAGCGAUUCAGGCUCUUGAGGGCCUCUUGUUUUAGCUCCUUGUCAUGGUAAAAUUAUCAAUUUGGUGCAUCCUUUAUUAUGUAUGAGCCUCCUCAUGGGGUUUUAAAUUAUGUGAUUACUUGGCCGUUUUUAUAGUGAUUAUUUGAUUACCAGACCAACUAUUUCAUGAUUAUUUGAUUAUUUGAUAACCUAGGACUGUAUUUUUGAUUAUUUGAUUAUCUUAUUUAAAAAAAUUAUUAAUGAUUCUGUGAUUAUAUUGGCAAAAAAUUUGUGAUAAUGUGAUUACUUGGACACCCCCAUGAGGAGCCUCAUGUAUUAAGGAAGGUUUGUAUCACAACUAAUUUGUAAUUUUUUGUUUUAUUAGUUUGUCAGAUUAUAAACGUAUAAUAGGGUAUGCUUUUACGAUUAUGUCUAUGUAAACUGUCAAUUUAAAGAUUGUAAAGAAAAAGAUUUUCAAAAUUGUGUAAGUAAAGUCAAAUUAUUAUAAUAUCUGAUCACAUCAAUUUGAUCUAAAGGAUGAUUAGAGUCAUAUACAAAACAAAUACAAAAAUGUAAUCAUUGAAAUGGAUUGGCCCUUCAAGACAGAAAUAAAUCUCCACUUUUUUUAUUUUUUUCAAUUUGAAUAUGGCUUAAAUAAACUCAUCAUAGAUACCAGGAUAGAAAUGUUGUAUUUGCGCCAGACGUGCAUUUCGUCUACAAAGAUGCUUAUGUCAUUUUAAGUCAUUUUGCAUGAUAACUGAACAGAUAUUUGCAAUGAGCAUGCAGGCACAAAGACUACAUUAGAUGAAACUUGUUGUUUUUAUAAUUAAUAAUUUAUUUUAUGAUUUGUUUGUAAAGUGCGUUUGUAUGACUUUAAAAAAUUAUAUACAAGUACAGAGAAAUAUGAGUUCACACUGUAAAGCAAAAUGAUUGAAAUGAUGUGGAUAUUUAUAGAUUAGUAGAUAAAUACAUUGUUAUAUGGAAGAUUACUAAAUGAAAUAAUAAAAAAAUUAUAAAUUA